CCUAGGCCUCUUGCUGCGAGUCGAUACCACGACGACGGGCUUCAUACUGAUCCUACCCACACCUUAACCUCUGCAUUCUAAAGUACACAGAAUCAUAUCCUACGUUCACAUGGCUCCUGGUCGUAUCAAAAAGUGGUUCAAGUCGCUUGGCAGUGAUUCUCAUCGCGCCCGCCAAAGCGACUCAAGUGAUUUAGCUCCUGCUGCAACUAAAGCUGCGGCUGCAGAACCUAGUGAUCUUGUUGGUGAUGUGGCGAGUCCGAUUCCCAAUCACAUUGAAGCUACUCCGCAAGAAACUACGUCUUCUGGGCCUGCUUACCGCCUCGAUCCUGAAAUGGCACAAGAAUACAUGAAGAACAUCAAGCGCUUUCGAAUUCUGGUCAUGGGCAGAGCAAAUGCUGGUAAAACCACCAUUCUCCAAAGAGUCUGCAACUCUACAGAAAAGCCGGAGGUUUUUGAUGGGAAAGGAAACAAGAUGGAUGGUGCCGUCGUGCAAGGCACUUUGACACGUGGCUACCAUAAUAUUGAGCAUGAACUUGUGUUUCAGAGUAACCCGGGUUUUGUGUUCCAUGACUCCUGUGGGUUCGAAGCAGGUUCCACCCAGCAGUUUGACCAGAUGAGGAACUUUGUGGUUGACCAUGGAGCCGCAACGAAGGUGAAUGAACGCAUCCAUGCCAUCUGGUUUUGCAUCCCCAUGACAGACUAUCACAGGACAGUAACUGCAGCUGAGCAGAAAUUCUUCAAUGAGUGUGACACAGGACAUGUUCCUGUGAUAGUGCUGUUGACAAAGGUGGAUGCCUUGUACCUUCCUGCAUUUGAGGGGCUUCUGGAUCAAGGUGUGGCCAUAGCUGAGGCAAGGGAAAGGGCAGUAGAAAAACAAGGUGAACUGUUGGAAAGGUGGCUGGCCCACAUAAAACAUGAGCUUGGCAAGUGCAACUUUCCGCCUAAAGGAUAUGUGUCCCUUCAGAAGAUGCAUCAAGAGAGUGCAGACUGCAGUGCUUUGAUGCAGUGGACAGCAAAUGUGUUGAAUGAGGAAGGUUUACAAAGGUUGCUUAUAUCAACACAACAGUCAAGUAUUGCACUGUGUGUUCAAUAUGCUGUGCAGAAGACAUUGAGAAAAAGAAUGGAGUUAGGUUUUGUGGAAAGAUUGCAGGUGGCUGCAAAAGACCUUGAAUAUGAUCUGCUGGGAUGGUUUCCAAAUGGUGUGGUGGCUGGUGAGUGACUUGAUGGCAUGUUUAGCUGGAUGUCUGUUCAAUGGCAUCACUUGCAUUCUUGAUGUUGGUGGCAUGACAGGCUG